UUAUUUGAUAGUGGCUUGGUGGUUGAAGACAUUUACGCCACUGCAAGCAUUUUUUUAGGAACAUCAAUAGUGCUCUAAGAAGCUUAUCUCUGUUUGAUAAUUCGACUAAACAAAACUGUUUUGCAGAGAACUCAACGACAAACUUCCUAGGAAUAUCUACACCCUGAGUUUCACUCAAAAAUAUUUCUUCUUUUUUUAUAAGAUUGUAAAAUUCAUUCUGCUUAUGCUUAUAUACAAAAGAAAAUCUCCAAUUAUAGAUGAUGAACAAGAAAAAGGAGAUGGAAAUUCGAGAAAAUGUCGUCACAAAUUCAAGUACCAGAAAGAGCAUCGGAAACAAGCGCUCCAGAAGUAGUAAUCCAGUAAAUGUGGAUCGCUUGACAAGAAAGCGUGCACGAGUGGAGGAACAUGUAUCGACUCAAUCGACUUCAGGGACAGGUGGUAGAUAUUCGGUUGAUUUGGGUAACCUCCAACGCAAUCGAAGGAACGAGAUUGGGAGGAAGAAAUCCCGCAAAGGUAAAGAACUUGCCGGUUCUUCAUCUCAAAGCCGAGAUGAUUUUGAAACGGGUUACCAAAGGCGAGAUGGAGAUGCGAUGUCCGAAGAACAACUCCAACAAGAAUUGGCCCGACAUAAUAACCGCUUUCUACAACAACAAAUGUCGACGACCAUUGACGAAGAGGAGCUUGAGGAUGAAGAUGCGGAGGAAUUGGAACCGGAGACGGCCGAGGAGGAGGGUGCCGGCAGCCAUGACGCCGACGCGCCUGCCUCAUCCCAAACCGCCACCGGUAAUAAAAAAAGUAAGUCUGAACUAAUGAAAAAUAAUUUUGAUAAAUGGAAGGACCCACAAACCGGCUAUUGGCACGCAACUUGCAAGUGGUGCAACAACAAUUAUAGUUUGGGAACCUCCGGCGGAUACGGAUCCGCCGCAAGGCAUCUUAAGGCAAAGCACCCCGUGGAGUAUGCAAAAUUAGGCGGCGGAACGGGGAAGCAAACUCAAAUAUCGAGGUUUGCGAAUUCUCAACCUUUUGGUAAUUUCUCCUACAAUGAUGCACAAAAUUUGACUGGUAUGACUAACUUAAUUUGUGAAGAAAAUUUGCCUUAUUUGUUUUCUGAAAGUCUUGCUUUAAGAGAUUAUGCACAAGGUAGUUUAAAUCCUCAAUUUAGAAAUUAUAGUCGCAAAACUGUUAAGAAAGAAAUAAUAAGGCUUUAUAAUGCGGAAAAGGAAAGGUUACAAUUUUUUUUUGCAAACUUUGAUGGGCGUGUUACUAUUUGUUCUGACAUAUGGGAGGAUGAUUUUCAUCAUUUAUAUUAUUUGGGUCUGACUGCACAUUAUAUUGAUGAGGAUUGGAAUAUGCAUAAACGUGUUCUUGCUUUUCGUGAAUUUAAUGAUCGUCACACCGUUGAACAUAUUUAUAUUUUGAUUGAGCGUAUUUUAAUUGAGUAUAAUUUGAUUGAUAAGGUGUUUGCUAUUGGUUUCGAUAAUGCUACUAAUAAUACUGCUGCUAUACCUAGAUUGCGUGAGUUGUGUGGUGCCAAUUCUUUGAUGGGUAGAUUUUUUCAUCAACGCUGUGCAUGCCAUGUUAUAAAUUUAUGUGUGCAAGACGGUUUAAAAGCGUUAGGAGAUUCCAUGGAGGUAAUAAAGGGGGGGAUUAGACGUAUUUGGGGUAAUGGUCAUGAUGGAUAGUCUACCCGGGGGGUAUCUUAUCCGAGGGGUUAUUGCGGGAAUAACUAGAGAGAAGUCAGAGCAAAAUAGGAGGAGAGAGAGUCGAUUUAUUAAAUGAACUCAGCGUGGUUUACAAGGAGAAUAAGGGCUGCUAUUUAUAGCAGCAAUAAAUGUGAUGAGAGUACGCGUGUGAGUAAUCCAACGGCCGAGGGGUCACAUCAAUCGGGGUGGCACCGACCAUCGCACGUUCCCCACAUUAAAUGCGGUGGGUGGAUGUGACGUCGCAUUAAAUGCGGUGGUUGGCUGUCUCCAAAGGGAAUCUUCGAUGAUUGAGUCCGUUUAGCCGAAGGCUCCUCGCGUAGCCGAGGGCUUUGUGUGGACGAAGGCAUUGUGUGGCCGAAGGCUUCAUGUAUGGCCGAGGGCUUCAUGUAUGGCCGAGGGCUUCAUGUAUGGCCGAAGGCUUCAUGUAUGGCCGAAGGCUUCAUGUAUGGUCGAAGGCUUCAUGUAUGGCUGAAGGCUUGAUGUAUGGCCGAAGGCUUGAUGUAUGGCCGAAGGCUUUAUGUAUGGCCGAAGGCUCCAUGUGUGGCCGAAGGCUCCAUGUAUGGCCGAAGGCUCCCUGUGUGGCCGAAGGCUUCAUGUAUGGCCGAAGGCUCCCUGUGUGGCCGAAGGCUUCAUGUAUGGCCGAAGGCUUCAUGUAUGGCUGAAGGCUCCCUGUGUAGCCGAAGGCUUGGCUCAGCCGAGGGCUUCCCCUGGUGCCGAGGGCUCCACAGUGCCGAAGGCUCCUGUUUUCUGUCGUUUUCUCCCAGUAGCUUCGCAUGGUCAAAUAUGGCGGUUCUGUGAGUUUUAGAGCCUUCGGCCAAGGAGGCCGAAGGCAUCCCUGUGUGUACUGUGGGCUUCUUGACGCUUGGGCCGCCGAAUCUUGGGCCUCCUGAGCUCCUUGGGCUUGUUGGGCUUGUGAUAGAUUAGUAGGAGUCUGUGGGCCGGGGGUUCCCGGGCCAUAUACUCCAUCAGGUCAACUUAGAUUAAAAUGGCAAAGUUAUUUGACUGAAAGAGGUGUGAGAUAUGUUGCUUUUCCUAAAGAUUUGAGUAUUCGUUGGAAUAGUACUUAUAAAUUACUUAAAGUUGUUCUUAGAUAUAAAGAACAUUUUCCUGCUUUUUUAAAAGAACAUGAUAACUAUAUUAUAAACGCGGCUGAGAUCGACACUUGCGAAAAAAUUUGUAAUGUUUUGAUAUAUUUUUUUAAUGCUACUAAAACUUUUAGUCAUGUUUAUAAACCUACCGCAAACCAAUUUAUUCCACAAGCUGUUAAUCUCGCCGAUGCUUUUAAAGAAUUUCAGAAUGCCGUUUUCGUUCAUUAUUUUUGUGAUCAUAUGAAGGAAAAGUUUUUAAAAUAUUAUGCGCAUAUUCCCCAUAUUUAUGAUAUUGCAUUUAUUCUCGAUCCUCGGUAUAAACUUGCUAAUUUGGAAGAUUGUUUCAACUUCUAUUAUCUUGCAUUUUUCGGUGAAUUUCCAAUGUAUGACGAUAACCCCAUAGAUCCGAAAACGGAAUACAACGAGGUUAGUACUUUAUUCUAUGCCUUAUUUAAUGAGUUUCGUGCACAAUAUAGCAACGCUCCCCCUCCCCCGUCACAAACAUCUUCAUCUAAAGGAAAAUCGAUUUUUAAAUCUGCAUUUGGCAAUCUUAUGAAAAAAACUAAAACAACUCACGUCACUGAACAAAGCGCAUUGAAUGAGAUUACUUUGUAUUUAACAUAUGAAGUUGAUUUUGAAGAAAAUGAUGACUUUGACGUUCUAGACUGGUGGAAGUCAAAAGAAAGAACGUUCCCGAUUUUAGCAUGGAUGGCUAAGCAAGUACUAUCAAUGCCGGUUUCGACAGUUGCUGUGGAACAAGAAUUUAGUUCGGCCGGCAACGUCCUAACGGCAUCUAGAUCGAGAUUGAGCGCGGAGUCUCUUGAGACGCUUAUAUGCUACCACGAUUGGUUGAAGGCCGCACGUAGAACUCAAGAAUUGAGCAUCACCCCCUCCCAAGAUUUUAUGGAUGACUCAACAACCGAUGGUGGCUCUACCUAUGCCGGAGAUUCCGAUUGAUUAGUAUUUUAGAAUUUAUUAUAAAAUGUAUUUUAUAGCACUUGUCAAAUUUAUUUAUACUUGUACUUCAUAUUUCAAAAUGGUAAACUUGUACUUCAUAUUUCAAAAUUGUGUAGUUGUACUUCAAAUUAAUUUGUAAACUUGUACUUCAUAUUUCAAAUAAAUAUGUGUUCACUUU